UUCGUCGAGUUCUAUGAAGUAUAGUUAUUUUAUCCUUAUUUAUUGGUAAAUGUCUGUUACAAUCAUUGAUUGAAAGAGUAAGGAUGGAACAAGAGGCGAUACUAGGUGAGGAAACUGAAGCCGAUUGAAUGAGGAGUGUUGACAUGAAAUUAGAUUCAUUUGAUAUGAAUUUCCCGCUCGUUUGUACAUCCGAUUUAAAGGGAUAAUAUUUUCAAGAGAUCAAAGAUUUCAUCCCUACUCUGUGACUGAUUCCUAUUAAAUUUUCCUAACCUCAAAAUAAAUUACAUUUUAAUUAACCUCUAAAUUAAAAAUGGCAGAAUUGGAAUUAACACAGGAAGAAUUAGCACAAAAACAUAAAAAAGAACGCAAGGAACUACAAGGGCAAAUACAAACUUUGAAAAAGUCAAUUUGUAAGGGUGAUAAAAAGAAGAAAAAGGAGGUAACAGAAGAAAUAAGUCGUUUAGAAGAAGCUUUAGAUAAAAAGCAGGAUGAAGAAUUAACUGCAUGGAGAGUUACACAUCUUAAUAUUGAUAAUGUAGAAAAUGAAGAUACAGAAAAUUAUAAUAAUGAUGACAUGAAAAAUAAUAUGCAAUGUGAACAGUCAACACAGAGAAUUUCAAAAGCACAGAAAAGAAGAGACAAAAAAGCAAAUGCAGAAAAAGAACGCAAUCAGAGAAUAAUAGAAGAAGAAGCAUUAAAUGUUUUUGGAAAAAGGAACAUAGAAAUACAAACCAUAAAGAAAAUUCUAUAUGAACGUGGUUUAAUGAUUUAUGAAAUUCCGAGUGAUGGUCAUUGCUUGUACAAUGCUAUUGCACAUCAACUAAAGGUUAUAGGAGAAACUCCAUUAAAUUUUCAAGAACUUAGAACAAAAACUGGUCUAUACCUAAGAGAAAACAUGAAUGAAUUUUUGCCAUUUAUUUCCAAUCCAGAGUCUGAUGAUUUUCUUUCACCAGAACAGUAUGAAAAAUAUUGUGAUGAUGUUACUGACACAAAUGCCUGGGGUGGUGCUAUUGAGCUGCAAGUUCUUUCGCAUGUACUGAAAUGCCCAAUAGAAGUAAUUCAAGCAUCAGGUGCACCUUAUAUUAUUGGUGAAAGCUAUAGUAAUGAUAAAAAAAUGAUAUUAACUUAUCAUCGUCAUAUGUAUGAAUUAGGUGCUCAUUAUAAUUCAGUUACAAAAUAUGUUAAGGAGGAAGAAAGCUGAUAGAAAUUGUUGGUGUUUAAUAAUAUCUGCAAUGAAAAUUAAACAUGCAAUUUCUUAUUACUUUUUACUACAAUAGAAUAUAUGAACCAUUUAAACAGCUGCCACAAAUUAAGUGCUCAGGAAACAUAUCAGUUAAAUUUAAUAGUCCAAUGUUUAUCUAGUAACUUUAAUAUAUACAUAUAUAUAUAUAACCAAUCUGUAAUUUUCGUCAGUAGUAAAUUAGAUCUAUGACGUUAUUACGAAGAUAACAAGAAUAUCUUCCUUUAUGUUUCUAAUUACAGUAUUCUUUUGGAAAGUUUUUAAAACAGGAUAUAAGGAAUAAGAACAAGAUAUUUGCUUUUAUAAAAUUAAGGCAAAUUAAUUUAUAUUUAUUUUUAUCAUAAAAAUUUUAGUAAUCCUAAUAAAAUAACUCCAACAACGACACCUUAUUAAAUUUUUAAGAUCCUUUUCAAAAGAGUACUGUACUGUUUAUUACAAAAUUUAAUUUAUUUAUUACCUAAAUGUUCGACAAUAUAAAAAAGCUGCCAGCAAAUUGCAAGUACAUAUUGUUCAGUACUUGCUCGCUCUAACGCUUCGAUGUAAAUAUAUAUUUAAGUAAAACUUAUGUUUCUUUUUUUAAAUACGGUAAAACCUCGAUUAGUCAUUCCUUGAAUAAUCGUUCCUUCGCAUGUAGUUUCGACUUUUGAGUUAUGUGUACUUAUGGUCUUCCUGCAUCUAUUUAAAAAAUUAAUAGAUCUCAUUCUAAGCGACUAUCAAAAGUGAUAAAUCGAGAUUUCACUGUAAUAAAAGUAUUGUGUGUACAUGUAAAUAUGUGGUAAUACUUUCCUCAUGUGUUCUUGGAGUUUUUAUACUAUUUUAAUGGUAAAUAUUAUGUGUAAAAUAUGAAAUAAAAGCAAUAAAAUAUUAA